AUGUCCCCUUCCCUUCUUCCCCGUGUCCCCUUCCUUGCUUCCCCAUGUCCCCUUCCUUGCUUCCCCAUGUCCCCUUCCUUGCUUCCCCAUGUCCCCUUCCCUGCUUCCCCAUGUCCUCCUCCUUGCUUCCACAUGUCCCCUUCCUUGCUUCCCCAUGUCUCCCCCUCCUUGCUUCCCCAUGUCCCCUUCCUUACUUCCCCAUGUCCCCUUCCUUGUUUCCCCAUGUCCCCUUCCUUGCUUCCCCAUGUCCCCUUCCUUGCUUCCCCAUGUCCCCUUCUCUGCUUCCCCAUGUCCCCUUCCUUGCUUCCCCAUGUCCCCUUCCCUGCUUCCCCAUGUCCCCUUCCCUGCUUCCCCAUGUCCCCUUCCCUGCUACCCCAUGUCCCCUUCCCUGCUUCCCCAUGUCCCCGUCCCUGCUUCCCCAUGUCCCCUUCCUUGCUUCCCAGUGUCCCCUUCCCUGCUUCCCCGUGUCCCCCCCCCUGCUUCCCCCAAUCCCCUUCCCUGCUUCCCCAUGUCCCCUUCCUUGCUUCCUCAUGUCCCCUUCCUUGCUUCCCCAUGUCCCCUUCCCUGCUUCCCCAUGUCCCCUUCCCUGCUUCCCCAUGUCCCCUUCCCUGCUUCCCCGUGUCCCCUUCCCCGCCUCCCCAUGCCCCCUUUCCUGCUUCCCCAUGUCCCCUUCCCUGCUUCCCCGUGUCCUCUUCCCUGCUUCCCCGUGUCCCCUUCCCUGCUUCCCCAUGUCCCCUUCCCUGCUUCCCCAUGUCCCCUACCUUGCUUCCCCAAUCUCCUUUCCUGCUUCCCCGUAUUCCCAUAGCCGUGGACAAGGCAACUUGUAUUGAGGAGAUGUGGUUGGCUACGGUGGAAGGGCUGCGGCAAUGGUUGCGUGAACGGGGUUUGGAGAAGGAGGCGAAGGCAUCACUCAAAUCGGCUCUUGUGAAAUCGGUCUGCACAGCCAUGGGCACCAUUGCCUACGUGCACAUGACACCCGAUGCGGCCAAGUGGAAGUUUCCGGAGCUGAGAAAGGUGCAACGAGUGGGGGGGGAACAUGGGGUUGUAGAUGUCCCUGUGGCUUAUGCUGAGUGCACGAUGGUGAUGCUGCAGGAAGCGGAAUCGGGCAGACUUUGCCUCGGUGGGUUGGGCGCAGGAAACGAUAACGGGGUGGAGACGAGGUGCACGCAGGCGAUGAAGAGAGUACAGAGGCGCAACGCAAGGGAAGGGGAUGGGGGGAAGGAGGGAAGGGGAUGGGGGGAAGUAGGGAAAGGGACAUGGGGAAGCAGGGAAUGGGAUGGGGGAAAGCAGAGAAGGGAGUGGGGGGAAGCAAGGAAGGGGACACGGGGAAGCAGGGAAGGGGAUGGGGGGAAGCAGGGAAAGGGACAUGGGGAAGCAGGGAGGGGGAUGGGUUUUAGCAGAGAAGGGCGUAGGGGGAAGCAGGGAAGGGGACAUGGGGAAGGCGGGAAGGGGAUGGGGGGAAGCAGGGAAGGGGAUGGGGGGAAGCAGGGAAGGGGAUGGGGGAAAGCAGGGAAAGGGACACGGGGAAGCAGGGAAGGGGACAUGGGGGGUAAUAGGGAAGGGGAUGGGGGGAAUCAGGAAAAGGGACAUGGGGACGCAGGGAGGGGGAUGGGGGGAAGCAGAGAAAGGAGUGGGGGGGAGCAGGGAAGGGGACAUGGGGAAGCAGGGAAGGGGACGGGGGGGACCAGGGAAAGGGACUGGGGAAGCAGGGAGGGGGAUGGGGGGAAGCAGGGAAGGGCGUGUGGGGAAGCAGGGACGGGGACAUGGGGAAGCAGGGAAGGGGACAUGGAGAAGCAGGGAAGGGGACAUGGAGAAGCAGGGAAGGGGACAUGGAGAAGCAGGGAAGGGGACAUGGGGAAGCGACAUGGGGAAUCAGGUUCAGGAGAUGGGGGGAAGCAGGGAAGGGGAGGGAGGGAAGAAGAGAAGGGGAUGGGGGGCAGCAGGGAAAGGGACGUGGGGAAGCAGGGAAAGGGACACGGGGAAGUAGGCAGGGGAUGGGAAAAUAUAAGGGAAGGGGAUGGGGGGAAGAAGGGAAGGGGAUGGGGGGAAGCAGGGAAAGGGACAUGGGGAAGCAGGGAAGGGGACAUGGGGAAGCAAGGAAGGGGGAUGGGGAAGAAGGGAAGGGGAUGGGAGGAAGCAGGGAAAGGGACAUGGGGAAGCAGGGAGGGGGAUGGGUUUUAG